ACCAAAAAAAUCACACAAAAAAACAAAACUACAAAAAAAAAUCAAAAAUCAUUUACUGUUUAACAGUUUUAAGCUUUUAUUUUUUUGUUAUAUUUGAAAAUUUUAAAAACUUUAAUAUUUUGAAGAAAAAAAAACAGCAAGGACACAAAAAGGACAAAACGAAAAAAAAUCUUCAAAUUUUAAAUUUAAAUUUUGCAAAACAUUGAAAAUUAAGAAAUAAGAAAUUUUCUAUAUAAAAAAUUUUCUUUGGGAGUGAAAACUUUUUGCCAAAAACGGAAAAAAACUACAAUAUAAAAUCAAGAAAAAAAAAAAAACAAUUUAAAAUUCAAACAAAAUACACGCACACACAAAGAAGAAAAACUUUAACGUUUCGCAAAAAUUUAUGAAAAGAAAAAAAAAAUCUUUAAAAAUAUUUUAUAAUUUUUGCAAUAAGCAGAAACAAACAAAAACGUAAGAGAAAGCACGUUAAAAAUUUCAAUUAUUUCAUUGAAUUUAACGAUAGCACAUAUAGGAACUGUAUUUAAAGAAAAAAAAAACAACAAUACCCAAUAGUAGAAUUGAAAAAUAAAACUAAAGCCAAAAAAAAAAAAUCUACAAAGAAAAUAAAAUAAAAAAAGAGCCAAAAUUUAAUUUUAGCUCCAACACCUUUCAUAUAUUCACAAAAAAAAAAAAAAAAAAAAUUUUUUUUUUCCUUAAACGUUUUUAUUAAAUCUUUCAAAAUUAAAUAUCAAGAAUAUAACACAAUGUUGGCAAUGCCAACAUUAAUGAUGCCAGCUGCUACGGUAGCAUUAGGUAGCCAACCAUUAUCGGUUGGCGGUGGUGGUGGAGGUGGAGGUGGUGGUAAUGUUGUUGCUGCUGCAGCAACACAAAAUCAUAAACCAUAUGAAACAAAAUUAUUAGCAAUACAUCAAUCGCAUAUACAACAACAGCCACCGCCUCCAACACAUCAUCAAUCUCAAACACCACAGCCACAACAACCGCAACAACAACAACAUAUUCAAUAUCAACAGCAACAACAAAAUCAACAACAACAAUAUCAAAUUCAUUCACAGCAGCAAAGUCCACAACAAUUGAGUACCCCAAAACAAGAACAUUUUCACAUUUUCGUUGGUGAUUUGAGCUCUGAAAUUGAAACACAGCAACUAAGAGAAGCAUUUUCACCAUUUGGAGAAGUUUCAGACUGUCGUGUUGUUAGAGAUCCUCAAACAUUAAAAUCAAAAGGAUAUGGCUUUGUUUCAUUUGUUAAAAAAUCCGAAGCUGAAAGUGCCAUUACUGCAAUGAAUGGACAAUGGCUUGGCUCAAGAUCAAUUCGAACAAAUUGGGCAACAAGAAAGCCACCUGUUACAAAAGCUGAUCAAAAUGUGAAACCAUUAACAUUUGAUGAGGUUUAUAAUCAGAGCAGUCCUUCAAAUUGUACAGUUUAUUGUGGUGGUGUAAAUGGUGCUUUAACUGGUUCAUUAACAGAAGAUGUUUUACAGAAAACGUUUUCACCAUUUGGUACAAUACAAGAAAUACGUGUUUUCAAAGAUAAAGGAUAUGCUUUUGUUAGAUUUUCUACAAAAGAAGCCGCAACUCAUGCAAUUGUUGGCAUUCAUAACACAGAAAUAAAUGGUCAGCCGGUAAAGUGUUCAUGGGGUAAAGAAAGUGGUGAUCCAAAUAAUGCACAAUCAAUUGCAAGUCAAGCAUUAAAUCCAACUGGAUUUCCAUUUGGAGCUGCAGCUGCAGCAGCAGCAUAUGGUCAACAAUUAGCGGCUACUGGUUGUUGGUAUUCACCAGCACCAGCUGCAUAUCCAACAUCAGCGGCAGCAGCAGCCGCAGCUGCAGCAGCUGCUGCUGCUGCAACACCAACAGCAGCCACUGUACAAAAUCAAUUUUUACAAGGUAUUCAAGGAUAUCCAUUCGGGCAAUAUGCUGGAUAUCAACAAGGAUAUAUGGGAAUGGGUGUACAAAUACCCACAACUUGGCAAGGUGUUGCAACUCAAGCUCAAAUAUCACCAGCUCAACAAUUGGCAGCAACGGGUGUAACUAGCGCUGGUAUACCACAAGCAGCUGGUGUAGUUGCAUAUCCAAUUCAACAAUUUCAAGUUAGCCCUCAGGUUUAUCCUUUACUUUUGCAGGCACAGUAAAGAAAAAAAAAUAUAUAAUAUAUAUAUAUAUAAUUUUAACAGUUAUAAUAUUAGAUGGGUAAUAAUGUAAAAUUAAUUUGUAUGAAAAAAAAAAAAUAAAAACAAGAAUUAUUUUCAAACACAAACAAAAAAAAAAAGUUACAGUAGAAUAAAAGAGACAAAACAAAAAAAAAUAUUAUUGAUACCUAAAUAUAUUAUUUAUAUACGAAGAACUAUAAAUAAGAUGAAAUUGAAAAAAAAAAAAUAAAAAUUUAUAAAAAUAAAAUGAAUGUAAUUGUAGUAGUAUUAUGAAAAUUAAUAAGAAAAAUUAUAUUAUGAAAAAAAACAAAAAUUAAAAGCAAAACAUACAAAACAAAAACCAAAAACAUAUUUAUUAUUAUAAAAAAUAAACUUAACAAAAUAUUAAAAGAAAAUCCAACACAUACAUACACGCAUUGAUAGCUUAGUUUACAUAAUAUAUACAUAUAUAUAUAUAUAAUAUAAUAUUUAAACAUAUUAUGUAUGUAUAUUUAUAUAUGUAUAUUAUAUUCAUAUAAAUACAUACAAAAAUUAUAUCUACCUGUAGAAAAAAUGAAAAUUAGCGUUAUUUAGCGGGAAAAAUAUAAAUUAAUUGAUUAAUAAUACAAAAACUCAAUAAAAAACCAAAAAAAUAAUAAUAAUAAUAAGAAAAAUUAAUAAAAAAAAUAUUGAACUUAAAAAUUAAAAUCUUAUAUUAUUUUUAACGAAAAAAAAUCAAAUCAAAAACAAAGCUAAAAACUAUACUAAAAUAUAAAACACAUAAAAUCAAAAUACGCUAUUAAUAAUAAUUGUUUGCAGUUACCCAAAAUUAUUAUAUAAAACAAAAUAAAGAAAAAAAAAAUACAAAAAAAUUAAAAAAAAAAAGCAAAUUAAAAAUUAUAAUAUGCAAUAUUAUUUAAUUUUAAUUGAAUAAACAUAAUAUACAUUAUAUCGUAAAACAACGAUAUUAAAAAAAUUAUUAAUAUACUUAGAGAACCAUUACAGACAUAUUAUACAUAAAACAUAAUAAGCAUUAUUUUCUAAAAAACAAAAAAAAUAUAUAAAAGCAAUUAUGUUUAACCGAGAGUAUAAAGAUUAACGUGAACAAUUAAAAAAUUUUGCAAAAAACAAAAAAAAAUAUAUAAAUGUAUACGUGUAUUACAGAAAUAUAUGUAAUAAUAUUAAUUAUAUUCGGGCUAUUUGAAAAGAAAAUUUCCAAAUUUAA